UUUAUUUCCAAAUUCCACAAAUUCUUAAAUUAAUCCCACUAAAAUAAUUAAUAUUCUUUAUUCUUAGUCUUUGAAUCGCUUAGUAUAUUUAAUAUAUUUACGUAGCAUUACACAUAAGCUCUGACAUUUGGUUAUUUAAUUUAUUCUACACUUGAAAUUAUAUUUUUUAUCUUAAAUUUCUUAAUUUGAGUAAGUAACGGAGAGGAAUUUCUCAGGUGAGAAAAUUCCUCUACAUUCCACAAUGAAUAUAUUCCAUAACCUUGACAUUAAUAAUACAUCCGAAUUUCAUAAAAUUAAGUAAAAAAAUUUGGAAAUAAAUGAUAAAAGAUAGUACGAUUAUUAAGUUCUCGGAAGUUCUAAGAAGAAGACAUAUAAUGGCUCUAAAACUAGUUUCUACAUAUAUAAAUAAUUACUAUUAAAUAUUCUAAUAAUGGAUUAAUGAGUUUUAUAUAUGGUUAAAAAUGCGCUGAGUGAUUUACACAAGGAGGACGAGGUUUACAGGAGAGCCAGGCGAAUAAAAGUGUUAAUAAAUGAUUCAAAAUAUACGGCAAAAAGAAUAAUCAGUAAAAAUGAAAUAGAAUUCAGAAAUCUAGUUGACCAUUUGGAAUGCGUCAGGGAGUCUCUAAAUAAUAAACCCGUUUAAUCCGAAUUAUGGAAUUUUUAAGCUAAUAUAUUAAUCUAAGUUAGAUAAUAUGUCUCUGGCCAGAGGUAGACUAAUUAAAGAGUUAAAAGAGGCGUCCAAGAUGGAUGACCCAAACAUUAAACUACACGUUUCUGCCUCGAAUAUAUUUAACUGGACUGCGUAUAUCAGAGGACCAGAAGGGACUCCGUUCGAGUCUGGGAUUUUUAAACUCUUAAUUCAUUGCCCGAAUUCUUAUCCCAUACAACCUCCAACCGUUCAUUUCGCCACCAAAUGCUUUCAUCCAAACAUUAAUUUUCAAACCGGAGAACUGUGUAUUGAUAUUUUGAAGUCAAAUUGGAGUCCCGCUUGGACGAUCCAGUAUCUUUGUAGAGGCGUGAUUUACAUACUUUCUACACCUAACCCUGACAGUCCUUUAAACUGUGAUGCUGGGAAUCUGGUCAGAUAUGGAGACCUCAUAGGAUACAAAUCAAUGGCAAAAAUGUAUACACAUGAACAUGCCCUUAAGGAGUUUCCCAAUUCUUAAAUACCUUACCCCUGAAUUAAUUCAUUUAUACCCUUGAAAUUUCUC